AUGGGUCCUAAGAAAGAAAACAAUCCCUUAAUAAAAGGUCAAGAAGCCGAGGAUUUGGUUAAAAAUUACCUCAAAGAACAGUAUCGGCCGUAUUCAGUUUCAGAUUUGAUAUUGAAUUUACACAACAGGAUAAACAAGGCAACCAUGACUAAAUGUCUAGACUCUUUAGUUUCCACCGGUGAAAUAGUUUCAAAGACUUAUGGAAAAAUGGUGUAUUAUGUAUACAAAGAGGAAGAAAUUGACAAGAACUUAGAAGCGGAAGUUAAUACAGAAUCUAUAAAAAAAAUUAAAGAGGAAGUGGAAGAUUUAAGCAAAUGUGUAAAGACUUUGCAGGCUGGUACGUAUAAUAAUGGAUGUCAUCAUAUUUGCAAUUACUAACGUCCGAAUAGAAUAUGACGAGCUCACCAAGUUGCCAACAAACGAAGAAGCAGUAUUACAAAUUAAGGAACUAGAAAAGGACCUAAUUGUUCUAGAAAAUAAGCUUGCCUCUAUAAAGAGUGAGGGAAGUACAAGAUUGUCUAAAAAGGAGAUAGAUAAAUGCAAAAAUUAUACAAAGGAACUUGAACGUAUUUUCAGACAAAGAAAGAAAUUGGUACGUAAAGAUGAGAUGACCCUUUAUUGUUCGGCAUUACUAACAUCCUAA